AUGGUAACUUGGCCCCCACCCUGCAGUAUCUGUGAGGUCACCCUGCCUCUCCCACCUGGAGGAGGGGUAGGAGGGACAGACAUGGAGGCCGUCCCUCCGGUCAGAUCCAGCCUCUUGGGGACUCUGCCGGUGGUGGUGAAGCUCUCCGCACUGCUGGCCCAGAGCCGGGCCCACCUCUGCAGUUUCCUGCCUCUCAAGACCACCCUCUUUAACCACUGGCUGUCAGGGCUGACCCAGGAGGCCCAGGGGUCCCACCCACCCGCCAAGAUCUCAGCCUGCCCCGCGGGCCGGGUUCUACAGGCUGGGCUGACACUGAUAGAAGUCCCUGUGUGGCUGGUGCGGCGGGCGCCCAGGCUGGUGUGGGCAGGCGUGCGGGGCUGUGCCCGGGCCUCGGGCCUGGCCCCGAAGCGGCUGGGUGCCUGGGAGCAGCUGAGCCUCUCUGCGGCCACCUGGACAGACCUGCUCUUGUCAUGUCUGCGCAGCCUGGCUGCCGGGCUGCUGCUACAGCUGACCUGGGGGCUGUGCCAGAAAGCCCACUGCUGCAGCCUGGGCCGGCUGCCCAGGAAGGCUCUGCUGGAGAACCGCGUGGUGCUGGGGACACUGGCGCUGCUGAAGUGUCUGCACUGGGGUGUGGAGAGCAUGGCAGCACUCACCUCCUGGCACCUGGCCUACCUUGUCACCUGGACCACCUGCCUCGCCUCCCUCCUGCUGCAGGCUGCCUUUGAGCACACAACCCAGCUGGCCCAGGCCCGGGAGGCUGAGCCCCAGAAGGCCUCGGGGCUCUUGUCUGAGUCCCCGCUCCCUGAGGCCCCGGCCCCCGAGGCUGGGCCAGUUCUGCCAGAGCCUGGAGCUCCUGUAGAAUAAAUGUGUCCCCAUCUG